AUGAAUAGUUUAUGUGGUCAAAAAUUGCAUAAAAAACUGAAGGAACUCGUGCCAAGUUUGCCAAGCAGUAUAACGCCGAAUGUUUUGGAUAAACUAAUUGAAGAUGAUGCAGUACUACCGUUUCUGCAUUGGUUCUAUUCAAACAUAAGCAUUGACAACGUCUUGUCGGAUGGAUGUGUAAAAUUAAAAGAACAUAUAAAGAAAAAUGAUACUUGGCUGGAAGGUGCUGAGCUGGACUUGGCCCUCAAAGAGGCUACAAAAGAUUGCCCAGAUUUACUGAAAUUAGUUGAAUCUGAGUACUGGAAUAGCAAUCAAUCUGAAUUGGAUUACAAUGUUGAAAAGGAAUUAUAUGAGCCUGAUGUAGAAUAUUUGCAAACCAUUGAAGAAAGUAUAAUAAAUCUCAAAGAGACUGAAGAACAACUAGAUGCUGAAAUUGAUAAAAAAGAUGAAGCAUGCAAAAAAGAAGAAAUAAAAGUAAAACUAGCUUAUGAAAGCUGUCUCACAGUAAUUGAAGAUUUUAAUUCAUGUCAUCAACAACUUUCCAAAACAGUAGACUUGUUAGCCACUACUUAUAUAGAUGCUGUCCAGAAAAAAGGUGAAAAUUGCAUGUGGACUCAUAUGCCAAUUGAACUUUAUAUUAAACAACUGGAGACUUAUAAUGAAUAUCUCAAUUCUUAUGCAAAAAGACAAUUUUCUAUUCCAUCUCAAAAAGACAGUGAAAGCAUUUCAAGUUCGGAUCAGCAUAGUAGUAUUUCAAAUGAAAGUGGAGAAAAUGAAAAAUUAAGAGAACUUAUUUCAUGUCAAAAUAACAUAUUCCUUUCAAAAAUGAAUGAAAUUUUGGCUAAAGUAGAAGAAGAAUCUAGUAAAAGCUUAGCUAAAUAUACUAUGGAUAUUUAUAAUAACAUGAAUUUGAAAAUACCUAACACACCAGUCAUGGCAAGGGCAGAAAUAGCUGAGUUAACGAAAAGUCGAGAUUUUUUGGAAGAAAACGUAAAUCUUUUGCAAGAGCGUCAGUUGGUUGAUUAUGCUCAUCAAUAUGCAAAAUCCAAGGUAGUAAAAGUGCUUACAGAUGAAGCAGAAUGUAGAUUGCAGAGGCGGAGAAAUAAGGUGUCAAAAUUAGAACGCUUGAGUACCCUUGCCAAAGAUAAUGGCCAUGCAUUUUCUACACUACUAUGUAUGUUAUUUGAAUUACAAAUUCACAGGAUAAAUGAAAUAGUACAGUUUGUAUUGGAUGCAAGGCAUUAUUUGUCCAUGGAAUAUACUUUAUCAUCAUUAAGAAAUGAAAGUAUGCAAAAAAUGCAAAGUGAAUACAGUUCAUUAAUAUGUUCAUCUAAGAAUCAAAAUGCGUUUUGUAAAUCACUUAUAGAAAUGUCAUCUAUUGAUGAAUUAAAAGAAGACUUUUAUUCAGCAGAAAAAUAUUAUGAUGACUUAAAAUGUGAUAACUCAGAAAAAUUAAAAAUUCUAUUAGAUGUAAAACUAACAGAAAUGAUUGAAAGCUCAAAAGAAUUAGAAGAGAAUACUAUGAAGCUUUUUGAAAGAGAAAUAACCAGUGGUCCAACGCCUAAUUUUGUAGCUGUACCGUGUAAUGUUCAAAAUGAAAUAGAUAAGGCUGUCAAACAAAUAGAGCAGCUGGAAAGCAAUGUAGAAUUGAUAAGAAAUAAAUUGAAAAAUAUGAUAAAGGAAACGAGUUCGCCCAACUUUGACAGAGAAAAGCUUCUGCUAUGGCAAAAAUUCCUAGCUGAUCCUGAUUCUUUAAAAGACAGGUGCAAAGAGCUGGAGGAUUUGAGAGAUCAUUCAGCAUUUUGAAAAGUUUAUCUAACGUAUAUAUUUAAAUUAACUCAAUAAACGCAUUAAUUUAAAAUUUAAAUAAUAAUGGAAGUAUCAAUUACUUCAAGUAAGAUGAUGCAUAAAUGUGCCUAGUUCUAAUUCAAGAUGUAUAUUUACUUUGCCAAUCUUAUAUAUUUUUUCAGAGCCAUAUAAACUUAUUGCAUUUAUAUACACUACCUGAAUCUCAAUUCAAAAUAAAA